AUGCGAAUCGGACCCAGGCAGUUCCUGACCGCGACCAGAACCAGAAGCCCGGCUCUACACCCCUCCUCAGCUUCCCUCAGCGCAGCGCACCCACGAAGCUCUGCUGUUGCGAUCGUCGCUACCCCUCCCUCUCCCCAUCAGCAGCGCCGGCUUCGCCAAAUCCGAGGCGCGACCAUCGGCCGAGCAGCCCCGUGCGGCAGGAACAUGGCGAGCGACGAGGACUACAUGGCGUUCCUCGACAAGGCGAACAAGGACCUGGACGAGGGCAAGGCGCACGCCCAGAAGCAGCAGCAGGAGGGCGGAGGCUCCAAGUCGCAGUUCAAGGCCAUGGACUCUGGCGCGCAGGCGCCCAAAGCCAUCAGCGAUGUGUGCCAGAGCGAGGUGUACGUGAGCGACGCGGACGAGCCGUUUGAGGCGGUAUCGCUCAAGUACUCGGGCGACGACCUGCCGGACGAGAGUAAGUUUGUUCGCCAAGCUCAUCCACCACUGGAACCCGGACGCGGCCGAGAUCGAGAUCAUGGACCCGCUGGACUGGGACUCGGCCGGGCGGUACGGGAAGGUCAUCGACGCGGUGCGGGAGGCGAGCCGGGGCAACGACGUGCGGGUGUAUCGCGUGACGAGGGAUGCGACGCGGGUCGAGUACUGGGUCGUGACGCGGGAGGAGGGCCGGAUCGUCGGCGUGAAGGCGCUGGGCGUGGAGAGCUGAGAGAUGAAAACGCAUACGCGUCUGCGCGAAAUCAUGGACGAUGGCGGCGAGGCGACUAUAUCAAGAGCAGAUCGGGCGAGACAUAUAGGACCAUUGCCUCGGUGGAAGGGAUAGAUAUGGCUUCGAGUCUACAUUAUGCGUGCCAGGUUCUGCAGGCAUAUUAUCAUGAACUCUCUGCGAGACACUCCCGCCCAGCCAGCGGUGUUGCUCAAUUUCUUUAG